GGCCAGGGCGAGUCCUGCCGGGCGCCGGGCGGUCCUUCAGGAAUGCUGUCGUCUUCAGCUCCACCUGCAGGCUCCUCGGGAAGGCCGCGAGUGUGUGCAGAGGGGGCUUCUUGCAGGGCUUAGCCCGCCCUGCCUGCCAAAAUAGCCAUUAAAAGCGUGCUUCGGCGGCUGGAGGUCUGGGUGGGAGAAGGAGGGUGCUUGUCACUCCGAGCGGCUAGGGCGAGAGCAGUGGGACUUGGUUUCCAGAGGCAGCAGGCUGCAGAGGUGUCAGGAUAUUGAAGGAGAUUUAAGGGGGAAAAAAAAAGGGCAACCUUACGUUGAGAAAGUAAAUUGCUAACUCCAAAGGCAUGGAGGAUCAGAAGCUGCCUUGUGUGCUAAUUGACUGUAUAGGAGAGAAGCACGGAGUAUAUGAAGAACAUGCUGAAUUUCUGAAGGAACAUUUUUGUCUCAUCACCAUGAAAGAAUAUAUUGAAAACAAGAAAAUUCUUGGCAAAAAGAUCAGAGCUAUUUAUAUGUGGUAUCACAAACCAGUUAUUAAUGAAGAAUUACUCCAGAGCCUACCUAACCUAAAGAUAGUUGCAAGCUCUGGAGUGGGAAUAGAUCAUUUGGACCUGAACCUCCUCUCCCGCUAUGGUGUGAAAGUGUCUAACACUCCAUUUAUUGUUUCCACUGACACUGCAGACUUGGGGAUGGCUUUGAUGCUGGCAUCCUCCAGGAGACUUGUGGAAGGCUAUCAAAUGGCAGUUUCCCCUGACACUGAAUAUUUCCCGGCCAACUGGCUGGGGGUUGAGGUUUCUGGAGCUACUCUAGGGAUCAUUGGAAUGGGCACCAUUGGCUACAAAGUGGCUGAGAGAGCCAAAGCCUUUGAAAUGAAAAUUUUGUACCACAACAGGAAACAGAGAAACAAGGAAGAAGAAAAUGCUGUUGGAGCCAUCUACUGUAAGAAGAUAGAUGAUUUGCUCCAGCAGUCAGAUUUUGUGAUGCUAGCUGUGAACCUGACACCUCAGACACACAAAUUGAUUGGGAAGAGGGAACUUCAGCUGAUGAAACCCACAGCUACUCUCAUUAACAUCAGCAGAGGUCUGGUUGUAGAGCAGGAUGAUUUGGUGGAAGCCCUUCAAAACAAAGUUAUUAAGGCAGCUGCUCUGGAUGUGACAUAUCCUGAACCUUUGCCAAGGGAUCACCCGUUGUUAAAAAUGGAGAAUGUUUUAAUAACUCCUCACAUUGGAAGUGCCACCAAAAAGACACGCCACCUUAUGAUGGAAAACAUGACUGAAAGCAUACAAGCAGCUCUUACAAGUCUUCCUAUCCCUCAUGAAGUAUUACUGUAAAGUGGCUUGCAUUUAAUGUUAACAUCAUUAGUGUUUAUCCUAGUGUGAGGAAACAGUAAUUUGAUAACCUUUCAUGUAAUUAGCCCAUAUAUGUUAUACAGAUUAAAUGUACAAGUAUGAUUUUAAUUAGAUGGUUUUAAUUCAUGGUUUUAGUGAGUUUAAUUCAUUUAAAUAACAAAAAGUGAUUCUGUGUGAAAAAAAUCCAUAUUUUCUCAUGAACUUCAGUGAAAAACUCAAGAGUCGAGUCUUAAAUUGGUACUAUUCAUGCUGCUUGCAUCCUCUUAGAAUUGCACAUCAACAUAACACUGAACCGAAGGACAUUUUAAUCAUUACAUAGCCCUGUAUUCUGGUGCCACUCAUGACCUACAGUAAACUGCGGCAAACUGCAGACAGCAUUUUAGACCAACUGAUCCUGAAAGUCCAGCAGCAAUGAAACUAUUCUCUCUUUGGAGAAUAAUUUGCAAGGCCUUUGCUGGUACAGUCUUCUUAUAGAAAUGUAGCAACCGCAUUUAUUUUCACUUCUAGGAUAACUCAGUUAUGCAAAUAAUAGAGCCUGUGCAUAAAUUGUCUGCGCAGCGCUUGGGGUUGGCUGUGCGUGGUAGGAGUCUGAAUUUUCCCCCAUUUUUUCCAUGGCUUUUCCAUGUCACACAGACACAUUCCCAAGUGACAAUUCAGUGCUAUCAAAACUGGCCUGUGGGUUUAUUUUUUGUUGUGUCACCCCUUUGUUGCUGUUGUGGUUUACCCCUUGCAGGCAGGCAGCUCAGCACCACACAGCCGCUCACUCACUUUCCUUAGGUAGGAUGGUGGAGAGAAUCAGAAAAGUGGAAGUGGAUUGAGAUAAAGACAGUUUACUAGGUAAAAGCAAAAGCUGUGCAUUGAAGCAAAGCAAAACGAGGAGUUCAUUUGUUACUUCCCAUCAGCAGGCAGGUCUUCAGCUGCCUCCAGCAAAGCACGGCUCGCCAUGUACUACAGUUUCUUGGGAAGACAAAUGCCAUCACUCUGAAUGUG